UCCGAAUAACAGUACAACAAGUAACGACAGUUUAUUUAAUUAUUGAUGUGAGUGCGUAGAAUCAAAAAACUAAAAAAAAUUGUUAAUUGACGCAAUAUUUCUAGAAUAAAGUUGAGAAGAUUUAAGAGUGAAAUUGUAAUAAAACUGUACAUCGGUAUACUCGUUAAAAAAUCGUAACAAAACCCAAUGUGUGUAAAUAUUUCACAAAAUCCAGAUAUUAAUGAUUAAUAACAUAUUUUAUUUCGAUUUUUUAAAUACAAAAAUAGGUGAUUGUUCACUUCCAAGGCGAUAUAUUUCAAGUAACAAAAUCCAAAAUUUUAUAUCAUCACAAGCACUCUUUUGCAGUUAAACAAACCUUAGAGUGAAAAUAAAAACGAAAAAAAUUGUGAUAUAUAUAUUUUUACAGUAACUUUUGUGAUACAUAGGAUUUGCAUAUCUAUUGAUUAACAAACAGAUUAAGAAACGUAAAUAUAUUUGUAUUAUGAAUCUAUCAUUUGCUGGUUGCGGUUUUUUGGGCAUUUAUCACGUUGGUGUAGCUGUGUGCUUUAAAAAAUAUGCACCACAUUUGCUAUUAGAAAAAAUCGGUGGUGCGUCGGCUGGAGCCUUGGCGGCAUGUUGUCUGUUAUGUGAUCUACCGUUGGGUAGUAUGACGUCCGAUUUUUUUCGCGUGGUCAAUGAAGCACGUCGUCAUUCUCUAGGACCGUUUAGUCCAUCGUUUAACAUACAGACUUGUCUAUUUGAAGGUUUACAAAAGCAUUUACCUGAAGAUGCUAAUAAACGCGUCAGUGGACGUUUACACAUUUCAAUGACACGUGUAUAUGAUGGAAAAAACGUGAUUGUUUCGGAAUUUAAUUCACGCGAUGAACUACUGCAAGCAUUACUUUGCGCAUGUUUUAUACCCGGUUUCUCUGGCAUAUUGCCCCCCCGUUUCAGAGGUGUUCGUUAUAUGGACGGUGCUUUUUCUGAUAAUUUACCCAUUUUGGAUGAGAAUACAAUAACCGUAUCACCGUUUUGUGGUGAAAGCGACAUUUGCCCGCGGGAUCAAAGUUCUCAGCUAUUCCAUUUAAAUUGGGCCAACACAAGCAUUGAAAUAUCUCGUCAGAAUAUUAAUCGUUUCGUUCGUAUACUGUUCCCACCCAGACCGGAAUUUCUUUCGAAGUUUUGCCAACAAGGAUUCGAUGAUGCCUUGCAAUUUUUGCAUCGUAACAAUUUAAUCAAUUGUCGACGCUGUGUAGCUGUACAAUCUACUUUUGUUGUAUCGGAGACGGUAGCUCAACCUCAAGACUUUGACCCCGAAUGCAGAGAAUGCAAGAAGCAUAGAAAAGAUGCUUUGUCUUCCAAUAUGCCACAGACUGUUUUAGAUGUUAUACAAGACUAUAUAGAGCAGGCUAAUAAGGGCUUGGCCAAUUGGUUAUUCAAACAUCGUGGUAUUAAAUUAUUAUCACUGCCGGCCACUGUACCCAUGGAUUUUUUAAUGGCCACUGUAAAUAAAGUUACAACCGUGACCCCGAGACUUACAAAGCAAAUGCGACGUUUAGUGGAAGAGCUUAUAAAUCAAUUCAAUAACCGUGUACAAGUGCAUUUAUUUAAUAAAUUUACGAUCUGUGAUCCUCCUCAUUUCGAUACAACCGGUUUAUUACAUUCGAAUCGCUUAUAUGGACCUCGUGUAUCUAUCCUAGUUGAUGAAUGCGGCGCACCACCCUUGGAAGAUGAUGUUGAUCAUUAUGAGCACGUUCUGAAAGUUACUACUCACAACGAUGCUUUAUAUGCCUAUUAUUACACCGACGAUCAUACCAACAAAGUAAAAGUUACUGAAAUCUUUGAUAUGACCGAGAAUAUCGAAUUGGCGACUGACCUGAAGCAAUACGAAGGUUCGAUUGAAGAUCAUCCCAAUCCUCAUCAACAUCAUCACAAUGCUGUCCUUAGUGAAUGGAAUGGUAUUGAAUCAGACUUUUUUAUUGACCGCCAAACGGCAACAUCCACAGCACAUUCCUUAACGGACAGUAAAAUUUCUCACACCGUUUCGACUGUUUAUACAACUUAUAAAAUUGAACCUGAUUCCAGAACGACCCCAUCCUCGGAAGAAGAUAAUUGUCCAUUUAGUGAUUCGGAAGCCGAUCACUACUAUAACGAGAGCGACAGAAACGAAAUACCGAGACAUCAUCAUUAUAAACGCGAUCUAACCUUAGUGUCAACACAACAAGAUUCCAUUAUUGUGCCAAACGAGUUAUGCAUUGAUAUUGAGUAAAAAAAAUUGGUAGUAAUAUUUAGUAUAUAAAUAUAUAUAAAAAUGAACUGAAUAACCAAAGUUAACUUAACAAAAGAGAAGCGUAGUUCUGCAUAACGAUUUAAUCAAAGUAAAAUGUAUUUUAUUUUUAGAGAUGUAUAUUAUGUAAAAACAUGCGUACUUUAUUGU